AUGGAGUGCAUAACAACUGUAUCCUACUCUUUGACCUUAAAUGGAGGACUCACAAAACCAUUUGAAGGCAAGAGGGGGAUAAGACAGGGAGACCCUGUGUCACCCUACUUAUUUGUGAUAGCUAUGGAGUACUUGCAAAGGGAAUUUAGUCAACUGGCUGAAAACAAAGAGUUCCACUUUCAUCCAAGGUGCAAAAGACUAGGAGUGAUGUAUGUGUGUUUUGCUGAUGAUCUAUUGAUGUUCUGCAGAGCUGAUUUGCAGUCAAUUAAGCUACUGCAGGAUGCAUUUCUGAAAUUUUCAAGAGCCUCAGGACUACAGGCAAAUCCUGACAAAAGCUCAGUAUACAUUGCAGGUACAACUGAGAGGAUGAAAGAACUUAUCUUGCAGGAGUUGGGUUAUAAUGAAGGCAGCUUACCCUUUAAAUACCUAGGGGUUCCAUUAGCUCCUAAAAAGCUAUCUAAUCAACAGUGUUGGCCAUUGGUUGAAAAGAUUACUGCAAGGAUCAGUUGCUGGACCUCAAAACUAUUGUCAUUUGCUGGAAGAUUGCAGCUCAUCAAGUCAGUGAUUUUUGGGAUGCAGUCUUAUUGGGCUCAGGCUGAUAUAUCCAGAAGAGCUUUGGUAGCAUGGGACAAGGUCUGUUUACCACAAACAAUGGGAGGGUUGAAUGUGAUUAACCUGUGCAACUGGAACAGAGCUGCAAUAAUGAAGCAUUUGUGGGCAAUUACAAAGAAGAAAGACUGCUUGUGGAUUCGAUGGGUCCAUUCCUACUACAUAAAGAACAGGAGAAUUGACACCAUGCCUAUACCUAAGAGUGCAACUUGGGUAGUAAGGAAGAUUAUUGAGCAAAGGAAGUUUAUAUUGAAUCUACCAACUCUACAAGGCAAUGUGCAAGAAAGACUGGAGUCCUUACAGAUCACAAGUGGUAAAUUCAGUAUCAAGAAUCUAUAUAACUUGCAAACUCCUCAGGAUCAGAAGGUAUACAGGAAAAGUCUGAUUUUACAUCCUCAUAUACAUCCUAGACACAAAUUCAAUAUGUGGCUGGCCAUUCAAAGGAGAUUACCAACAGUGGAUCGAUUGCAGAAAAUAGGCAUUCAAGUAGCUCAAGUGUGUGUAUUCUGUGGUCAGGAAGAAGAGAUAUUUGAACAUCUAUUCUUUGAAUGCUCCUACACAAGUGCUGUCUGGAAGAGAUUGCUAAACUGGAUGAGAAUCCAAAGACAGAUUCAAACUUGGGAGGAGGAACUGCAAUGGGUGACUUAUCAUGCUAGGAAGAAGAAAGGAAUUGGCAACAUUAUUGUAGCAGUGUUUGGCAUGCUGCUGCACAGUUUAUGGAGGGACAGGAAUUCGAUCAGAUUUCAAAAUGGAAGCACCUCAGCAGAGCAGAUAUGCCGAGAGAGAUCACUUCAUAUGUUCAUAUCAAAAGCCAUAUACACAGCAAUUGGCAGGAACAUAUGGAAGCUCUAA